AUGUAUUCGCUUCGCGUGAACCAGUUCGUUACCCCGCUGCGGGUGGCCGUUAUCUCUGCACACAGCGCGCCCCCGCCCCUACACCCCAGCGCCCCCGCUCGCUCGUCGUACAUCGUGCGGCCCGCUGCCCCCGGUCUGAGCCGUACCGCAGCGGCCCUGAGUAUCGAUCGCCAGGCGCCGCCCACGCAGCCGAGUUGGGGCGGUGGCGGCGGCGGCGGCGGCGGCGGCGGUGGAGGCGGCUGCCGGUCACAGCCACAGAAGCGUGAUAAACGCGGGCCCAGCAGCCGGCAGCAGGCGCCGGGCAGCCAUAAAUCACGGCGCGACUGCGGCCGGCGGCCGCACCGCAGUGCAACGCGCUGCGCCGCCGGUGACGGGGGCGGCGGCGACCGUCUGACAGGUGCCGCGCACUCGCGACGGAGUCGCCCACACGUCUUGUGCGGAGGUCGGCCUCUGUGA